AUGGCGUCUUUGCUUGCUACAUCGAGCGACACACUUUCGCCUUUGCCAUCGAGCCACCGCGAUGGUCUCAUCGCGGUCACUGUGUUUGGGUUCUUGUCAUUCAUUGCAACUACAACUUUAUUCAUAUAUCUGACUUUCAAACUCAUACGAUGGCAUCUACAAAAGCCGGCCGCGCGGAUACAGACAGAGAGACCCCAAGUGCAGACCACUGACUUGUCGCUUGGGUUGUCGCAGUCGCACUUUGCGCAAUCCAAGGCAGACACAGAUGCCGCAGCACAACCGGAUGUUACAGUCAUAAGUACCGAGCGACAUGUCCCUCAUUUGAACCAGUUCCUCCUACUGGUCUAUAAUCUUCUCUUCGCCGAGAUGCACCAGUCUACCGCUUUCUUGCUCAACGUUUCCUGGACUACUUCGAAUGGUGUUUGGGUCGGAACGCCGGCGUGUUGGGCCCAGGGAUGGUUCAUCUCGACGGGUGAUCUCGCUGCCAGCGUUUUCAUCACUGCCAUUGCAGUCCACACGUACUUGACUGUUGUCAAGGGCUACCAACCACCUCAACGCCUGCUCCUUGCUACGAUAGCGUUCCUAUGGUUUUUUGUAUAUGCUCUCGGAAUCCUCGGGGUAUUGAUCACCAACAACGGGCGCGAUGCUGGGGGGCUCUAUGUUCGGGCUGUCGCUUGGUGCUGGAUGAAUGUGAAGUACGAGAAACUACGUCUCUGGCUACACUACUUCUGGAUCUUCCUCUCCCUAGGAUUGACGAGCGGCAUAUAUAUCCUGAUUUUCCUUUCACUUCGACGCGACAGCACGCAUCGGUCCUCUGACAAUCGCGAACAAGGGAGGAGACAACCCAAUAAUUCAACUGGUCGGGCCGCUGGCAGCCACCCGGGGUUCCUUGUGUAUCCUAUUAUAUAUGCUCUUUGUACCGCGCCACUUGCACUGUUCCGUGUGGCGACUAUGUCCGGUAGAGAUGUCAGUGUCGGCAUGUUUUGCUUCGCCGCUGCGAUGAUCGCGAGUAAUGGCUGGCUUGAUGUGCUCCUUUUCUCUUGGACACGCAGUUCCAUCAUCUUUGCGCCGUCUCCCGACGCUAUGGACACUGGACUCGACACCUUUGCCUUUAUGCGGACGCCACACACGAGGCGCUUUGGCAAUAUGGUCUGGGUGCAAGGCGGAUCUAGAGGCGAGUCCAACGAUCGAGGCGGUGGGUGGUGGCGAAUUGGCGGAGAACGUACUCAUCAACGGGCAAAGAGCAAAUCAAACAGAUGGCCUGGUGGCCUGGGCAGCGUCAGCCAGGAGUCGUUGAGGGGCGCUGCUAACAAUGAGAUUCAAAUGGACACGGUCACGAGUGUGGUGGUUGAGAUUGAUAUUGCCAAUAAAGAGCAAGCACAGUCAGCUCAUAGCUCGGAAAAGGGAUUUGAGACAAGUUCUACAAAAUACAGACUUGAUUCGUAG